CGGUCAUGUGAUCAGCUGUGUCCAAUCGCAGCUGAUCACAUGGGACAUGUACACUGAUCAUCAGGGCACUGAUGAUCAGUGUGCCCUGAUGAUCAGUGUAGCCCCAGCAGUGCCACCUGUCAGUGUCCAUCAGUGCUUUCUGUCAGUGCUCAUCAGUGCCACAUCAAUGCCACAUACCAGUGCCUAUCAGUGCACAUCAAUGCCACAUAUCAGUGCCCAUCUGAGCUUCCUUUCAGUGUCACCCAUCAGUGCCAGUCAGUGCCACCUAUCAAUGCCAAUCAGUGCCACUUAUCAGUGCUGCCAAUCAGUGCCACCUAUCAGUGCAAGUCAG